UGGAACCCCCCCCAGAGUUCACUACUCUUAUCUUAUUAUCUGGUAAUAUUAUGACUGGUAUUGUAGCUUAAUGGAUAAUAACUCAUUAUUACUAAACUGGUCUCACCUGUCGGCAGUGGACUGGUGAAAGAUUUGCUUAUAUUUUGGACUUUUGAACGCGUUGAUCAGUGUUGAAAAGGUGAAGCGGGGAACAUCAGAGCUCUCCUGUGUCGCUGUUUGAGGUGGAGAUGCUUCGCUCUCAGGUGCAGGUACUUCUUGUGGCCUUGUUUUCCUCUGUGCUGCAGGUGCAGGUCAGCUGUGCUCCACGCAGAGACAUGCUGACACUGAGAGCAGACCUCGCAAACGACAAGGAUCUCGCUCACUUGCUCUUGCUGAAGUUUGUGUCUGAACUGAUGGCAGCGAGAGGACACGAGACGCUGCCCGAGCUGGGGGAGGAGGGAGUCAGGGAGGAGGUGAUGCGGAGACAUCUCCCCCUCUCCCAAAGAGAGCGCAAGGCAGGCUGCCGCAACUUCUUCUGGAAGACGUUUACCUCGUGUUAACACAAGAAAAGAGACGUUCAAGUUGGAGUACUUUUGUUUUCAAAUGUACUUUGUACCACUUUGUGUUGUAACUGGAUCAUUUACUGCAAAAUGCCAAAUAUACAAGUGUGUAGGCAAGUGUAAUAACAGUGACAAGGUUGUGUGUUGAGAUUGGCAGGGAUGUACAGUGUCUAAAAUAAACAUUUCUGAUUAAAAA